AUGGGCAACACGGUCUGUGAUGACCUGCUAGGCCAAUGGUCUGCAGAAGCUCACAGGAAAGAGGUGCCCAAGUUCCUCCGAAUGCUGAAGGCAUGGCGGGACUCGGGAAGCUACAAGCAGGUUAUGAUGCUGGCUGGCGAUGUGCAUGAAGGUGGCUGGACGGACUUGCUUCUUCACAACGUUGAGGGCGACAGGCGAAUUCGCCAGCUGACGACGUCUCCCAUCGCCAACAAGCAGACGAGACCUCAUGAGGCUCUGGCAGUAUCGCUGACUCGCGGGGUGCUCUCGUCACUGGAUGUCUCCGAAACGGGGUCCGGUUGGGUCAGCCGCCACUAUGACUGGACCAACUGCAACAACUACGCCUUGGUCACCGCCAGCGUGGCCACGGCUGGGAUGCUGAAGGUGCGAGUUCUCAAAGCUUGGGGCUUGAAGAACCAGGACAUGAUGUCCUGGAUGGACUCCUAUGUCAAGGUAACUCUGGGCUCACAAACUUUCCAGACGGCCGUGUUUUGUGAGGAUGGCGACCCAAGCAACCCGGAAUGGAACUCUGAGGAGUUCCUGUUCACGGUGCAGCCCACGGACUACUACUGCAGACUGCAAGUCUGCGAUGAGGACAGCUACAUGGGCCAAGACCUGGGCUCCGUAAAGCUGGCGAUCCACGAGCUGGAUGCGUGCUCGCGGACCUUAGCAGUAAGCCUUGGCCCGAACAAGGGCGUCCUUGAGAUCGAAGCUUCCUUCCACCGCGGCGCCCUCCGCGAGGCUGAGGGAGAGGGUGCCGAGGGCGCGGAAGCGGAGGACUGCCACUCUGGACCUCCUGCCGCCAACCUGGCUGAGCACAGGCGGUCAUCACAGCGCAGCUGGUGA